UUCAGAAUCAGAUUCAGAUUCGCGUUCGCGAGUAGGCUGAAGAUAAGAAACAGGCCCAGUCAGCGCACGCAGAGCACUGACCUCAGAUAAAGCGAAGUGGAGCAAAAUCGAAAGUAGGGAUUCAAAACAAAAAUUCUAGAUGUUUGUUCGCCAAACUGCCAUUCUUUGCGCAUUGGGUAUUUUAUCUCUGUUGGGUGGUUCAGAAAGUAAAUGGCAUACAGCACUUCUUGGAAAAUAUGAGACCAAAAGUUGGAGAACUGCGCUGUCUCAACUCCGCCAGGAUGCCUGGAAGAUAAACUUUCACGAAUUGAGCAGAAACAGGAGACUCAAUGAGGUCACAUUGAGCAGCCUGUUUAAACGAUUUGUUCUUCUUUUUGAAAGGCCCUACAUUGAUGAUGAAUCGGAAUAUGUAAAGAGGCAAGCAAUAUUCAAGAAUGGCCUCAUAAGGCAAGCAUCACUGAAUGUAGAAGAAGAAAAGUACAAGACAAAGGCUGUAUUUGGAAUUAAUAAAUUCUCUGAUUGGUCAGAAGGGGAAUUCAGAGGCCUUUUAAGAAGUCAUCAAAUGCGCAAAACAGUUGAUGCAGUUCCAAACAGUCAAAUGUUUCAAGCUAUACAGGAGGAAAGUGCCAAAGAAAAUGGGGAUUGUACAUAUAAAUCUGUUACACCACCAGAGACAGCCGACUGGAGGAAGGAAAGGAAAACAACCGAAAUAAAAAACCAAGGAAAUUGUGGCAGUUGUUGGGCUUUUGUUGCCACCGAACAAACAGAGACGUUUUCAGCAAUAACUGAUAAAGCUCUGGAAGACUUGAGUGUGCAAGAAUUCAUUUCAUGUGCACCUUCACUUGGAUGCAAUGGCGGCAACACGUGUGAGGUUCUUGCAUGGCUGGCCUCGGCCACAUACAAUGGGUCGAGGUACCAUCUUGUGUCGGCAUCCGAAUACCCUUACGAAGCGAAGGAAACUGCAUGCAAAUACCAAAAGACGAGUAUGGAAGGUGCAACUAUAUCAGGUGUGUGUGGAUGCACAAGUAUGGUGAAUAAUGAACUUGCCAUGGUUCAGGUGGUUGCUCAGAAGGGACCCCUUGCUGUCAAUGUGAAUUCAGUGUUAUGGCAUGAUUAUGUAGGUGGUAUAAUCCAACGACACUGCACCAACAAAACGAUAAACCAUGCUGUACAACUUGUUGGAUACGAUUUGUCGGGCCCAGUACCAUACUGGAUCGCCAGAAAUUCUUGGGGUCCUGACUUUGGGGAGGAUGGGUACCUGCGAAUCAAGUAUGGAGGAAAUCUCUGCGGUCUAGCAGAAGAGCCAUCUUUCAUCUUAAUAUAGUAGCGAGGAAUCAAUUUAUGCUAUUAUCACGACAAUUUUCUUUGCUUGAUGUAACUUGAUUUCUCUUAUGUGAUUUUUUUCGAGGUAAAAUAUUCACCUUUGUCAUAAGAAGAUUAUUAACAACCUUGUCUAAGAUUGUAUG